UGUUUUGUGUUGCACUCAAAUGUCAAACGCAGAUGUCAGUGUGUUGGUGAGAAAUGCACUGUGAACUGGCCUGUAUGGCCGGGACUGUUGUUUGGUACACGCUGAAAAAGCAUCAUUUGCAUUGUGCAUUUUGCAAGAGUCGCUGUUAUUGAGUUUCGGAAACAUUGCUAGAAUAUUUGUAUAACCCCGGUCAAGUGUCUCAACCCUGGCAUGCAUUCAAUUGUUUGAAUUAAUUGUGAUCAAACGAAGAAGCAUUCUGAACACACGAUUGAUUAAGCUGAAAAAAUGGACAAGGAUACCAAUCCGUCCGCCAUAAUUUCCCUCGAAUCGGACGAGGAGAUGGAAACCAAUGCUGAGUCGGAAGCGACUACAUCACAGCCCGAAAAGGAACCAGCAACUAAAGAAUCUCCCAGCACUGAAAAUGUGCCAAGCCCGUCGAAAGCUCCUGAUAAUGCUAGUGUUGUAGAAAAUGCGAAAGAUUCCGAAAUAAUAUGCAUUGACGAUGAUGAGAAGGAGCCUAGCGUACAAGGGACUCCUGAAGAGAAUGCACCGGAAGAAGCUUUGCCAACUGCAGAACCCAAGUCACAACCUGAACCAGUUGCAGAAUCGCAAGCGGAAAAAGAUCCAGACUCGCAAGCUGGAAAAGAACCAGAAUCACAAGCAGAAAAAGAAACAGAUUCGCAAGCAGAUAAAGAACCAGAAACGCAAACAGAAAAAGAACCAGGAUCAGAACCUACAAAAGAACAAACAGCACCAGAACCAGAAUCUGAAUCUAAUGUCACUGCACCACCCCUGGAAACGGAAAAUGCGAUUAAUGAUGGAGAUGUAGAAAUGCAGGAAGUGGUCCAAAAGGAGGAUGAAGAGAAAAUUUCAGAUAGUCAAGCAGCUGACCCGCCAGCACCGCCAGCCUCAGAUGAAUCGCAGUCAGUUGCCAUGACGGAUGCAAAUAACAAGCAAGCUGGUGAUGAAACUGCAAACGAACAAGCAGACAAGCAGAACAAGCAGCAGGAACCCGUCGUAACCAAUGGCAACGCUGAUCAGCCGAAGAAGAGCAAAAAACCGUGCGCACCCAAAUGUUGCAAUACGGCGUGCAAAAAGAAAAACGUACAGUUUUGUGAUGCUCCCGAGUUUGCUCUGAGCUUGUACAAAGUCCCUCACAGUAUUCAAGUGCAGCACUUGUGUUACGAUUGCUUUGAAGAGGCGGUUUCUCGCUACGAGACACUGACCGGAUUGCUGGUAAAUCAUCAACCUUUGCUAUUGCACGACAACCAGCCGGACGUGGCGGAGAUACUUAUGGUGUUGGAUAGCAGCGAUGAGGAAGACGAGGAUACAGUAAUAGAGCGAAAAAAUGAGCCGGCCCUGCCAGCCGAAGCGGUCUCGUUGGUCGAAUCCGAUCUGGACGAUGUCAUCUACAAGUUGUAUGGUUCGUUGUGCUUAGACCAAAUUAAAUGGUCAAACUCGAUCCUGCUGCAUGAGGCUGAACAAAAUCAAGCAACUUCGGACCGCAUCGAAGCACAAAUGAAAACGUUAAAAUCGGCAUUUCAAGACAUUCAAAACAAUAUCUACAGCGUUCGCACGACCAAGAUUGAUAAGCCGGAGCUCAUAAUCGAGGACGAUGCAACGAGUGAACAAAUUGCCCACGAACGCUUCCGGAGCAUGUUGAGCAAAACGGAAACGCUACACCGGGAACCGGUUCAGGUGGGCAGCCAGUACUUUGGUGUAAGAACAACCGUGCUCGCCAGCUGGACUGAAUGUAAGGUGCUGGAGGUAAAAUCGGAUAUGUAUACGGUGCGUUUUCUAACCGGCGACCCGAAACCUACGGUCAUUACGGCAAAGCAUCUCGCAUACACAACGCCUCCCAACGUGAAGCUGCUGCUUGGAACACGCGUAGUCGCUCGAACCAGUUCCCCCACCCAGGACGGACUGAACCGUACGUUUUAUGCGGGCACAGUGCUGGAAUCGUUAAGCAGCUACAACAAGUACCGGUACCUCAUUGUGUUGGAUUCGGGCCACCCGCAGUACUCGCCGUUCACGGAUGUGCGCGUGGUGUGCGAUCAGUCCAAACACGUCUGGGACGAUGUGCAUCCCCACUCGCGUGAGUUCAUUAGAAACUACAUGCUGAAGAGCGGAUCGGUCCGCCCGAUGGUGCAAGCGCACCGGGGCCAGCGAAUGAUGGUCGAGAUCGACGAUAAAUGGUUCCAGGGCACUGUGCUCGAAACUGACAGCAGUCUGGUGCGCCUUUACUUCUCGGGCAUGGAGAGGAAGGAGUGGAUUUACCGUGGCUCGAGCCGGCUGGCACCGCUGUACCGCGAGGUGAGCACGGGCCACGCACCGAACAACAAGUUCUCCAAGUUCCAAAAGCGGAACGAACCAUCGAUCGAGUACAUUACGCUGGAGGACGACGACAGUGAGCAGCCGCCGGAGAAGAAGGCGGCGACGGUCAAUCACCAACCAGCGCCCAAGAUGGAAAUACCGGACACGCCGAACCGAGCGAAGGCCCGCAAGAGUACGGCAAGCCGGAUGCUCAACAACCACAACAAUAAUAAUGUCCCCGUGUCGCUGAACCGGAACACCAUCUACAUCGAUUGCGACCAGAACCAGUCGAACGGUAGAACGCUGAACUACACGACCAAAAACUAUCGUGGGCCGCGAAAGUUUGUACCGCACAACUGUGGCCCGAGCUGCCCGUACAAGGGUGCCAAAAACUUACGCUCGUACAAUCUGCUGGCCCGGCCGCUGAUCACUGGCUGGGAGCGGCACAAAACGGCCGCGCGGGGCCAGAAAAAGUCCGUCGUGCUGUACCGAGCGCCCUGCGGCCGGCGGCUGCGCAAUAUGGCCGAGCUGCACCAGUAUCUGCGGGUGACCGAUUCCCCCCUGAACGUGGAGCACUUUGACUUCGAUCCCGAUAUCCGUGCGCUGGCAACGUUCAAAGCGGAAAACGUCUUCUUCGAAUGCACCGAUCUGUCGUUCGGGCUCGAGCCGAUGCCGGUGCACUGCGUAAACAACUACGACAACAAGCAGCCGCCGCCGUGCGAGUACUCGACCGAGCGCAUCCCCACCGAAGGCGUCAACCUGAACCUGGACAAAGAGUUCCUGUGCGGGUGCGACUGCGAAGAUGACUGCAUGGACAAGAGCAAAUGCCAGUGCUGGCAGCUGACGCUGGCCGGCGCCAAGUACGGCUUGAAGAAGAACCAGGACAUCAACACGGUGGGCUACCAUUACAAGCGGCUGAUGAGCCAUCUGUCGACCGGCAUAUACGAGUGCAACGUGCAGUGCAAGUGCAAAAAGGACAAAUGUCUCAACCGGGUGGUGCAGAACUCGCUGCAGACGAAGCUGCAAGUGUUCAACACGCACAACAAGGGCUGGGGCAUCCGCUGCCUGAACGAUGUGCCGAAGGGUAGCUUCAUCUGCAUCUACGCCGGCCAUCUGCUGACGGAAGAGACGAGCAAUCGCAUCAUCGACAUGAGCGAAGACAAGUCGGGCGACGAGUACUUUGCCGAUCUGGACUUCAUCGAAACGGUGGAAAAGAGCAAGGCGGACUACGAAGCGGAAGCGUACCAGUCGGACAGGGAGGACUCAACGCCGGCCGGCAAUGCGAACGAUUCGGACGCGUCGGAGGAUGCGAUCGAGAAUGGGACAUCCCCGUCGACGCACGACUCGGACGAGGAGUACACGACGAAAAGCAAACCGAGCGGAACGGUCGUCAAGACGCGGGCCCAGCUGCGAAAGGCCAGCACUACGGAGCGACCGAAUGCGGCCAUGUUUGGCAAAAAGUCAUCCAACGACGGUGUAAAUGAUGAGCAAGAGUGCGUCAAUCUGAUACCGAAUCCCGAGAUGGACAUGGACGCGUCCGGCGGACCGAACGAUGAGUCGCUGUUCCGCAAGCUAUACGGCGAAAAUGAGCAUAUCUUCGUGAUGGACGCGAAAAAAUCGGGUAACCUUGGCCGGUACUUUAACCACUCCUGCGAUCCUAAUCUCUUCGUCCAGAACGUGUUUGUCGAUACGCACGAUCUGCGGUUCCCCUGGGUAGCGUUCUUUGCGGAGCGUAACAUUAAAGCCGGUACGGAAUUAACGUGGAACUAUAACUAUGACGUGGGUUCCGUCAAGGGAAAGCAUCUAACCUGCAGCUGUGGCGAAAAGAACUGCAAGGGCCGAUUGCUCUAAUAAGUUAUUCGUUUCUAUACGAGAAUAAAGCUUUUUUCGAGUGUAGCCAGAGGAGUAAGGCUGCCAAAGAGAAA